AUGGCGCCUCUCCAGGAUCUCCAGUUCCCCACUCGUGGCGACGAUGAUGAUGGAGACACCGGACGGAAAAGCAUCUUCAUGAAUCAAAAGUCAAUGGCUAAUAACGAUGUUUUUGCUCGUUUAGCAGCAAUUACUGCCGCCGCUCCUGAUCCUGAUGGCGAGAAUGCAGAUGAACCUGUAAUCGUCAGCCCAACACGAAGUUCAAGGAUCAGAACACAUUCACAUGGCUAUGGUGAUAGCGGAUAUGCCACCCCUUCACUUGGGGGAAGUGUCCCGGGAGCCCUGGAAAACGACCAAGGAAACGGCAAAGGGUGGAUUUGGGUGACAGAGAUUGACGAAAGGCAGCGGGCGUUCAAUCUACUAGAUGAGAACGAUCUUCUAUUUUCCUCUUCACAUAGGAUCAUUCCUCACGAAUCGGAUGCAGCAAAAGAACAAGCUAAUGCCACAUUUUCCACAAUGUUAUCACGAGAGCUUGCAGAUGACGACCUUGAUGAAUUAUCGUCACGUCCUUCUUCUCCU